AUGACCUCAUACGCGAAGGCUGAUUCUGAGUACAAUGUUCAAGGAUAUGCGACAUAUCAGUCAGAUUUUUCUUUCGAGGCCGGCGUGACGAGUUUCUUAGGUCUGCGUUAUGCGGCCCCUCCAGUCGGGGACCUACGAUUUCGAGCCCCUCAACCCCCUGAAAAUGUUACCUCGAUCCAAAAAGCGACCACGAUGCCUCCGCAGUGCAUCCAAGGUUGGAAUGGAAUGUCGCCCACUAAUCCUUGGGCGAAACGGGCGACGCCGGUCACGAGCGAAGACUGCCUAUUCCUCAACGUCCAUGUUCCGUCGAAUAUCAGCAGCGACGCCAAUCUUCCCGUCAUUGUUUGGAUCCACGGUGGUGGAUAUACGCUAGGAGACGCGAGCGAUGAGGCUCAGGAUUUCGUGAGGGAGUCGGGGUACAACUUCAUCUCCGUGAAUCCGCAAUACCGUCUAGGCAUAUUUGGGUUUCUGCCAGGUCAGGACGUGAAAGACGAUGGGGCUCUGAACGCGGGACUUCUGGAUCAGCAAUUUGCGCUACAGUGGGUCCAGGAUCAUAUCGCAUCUUUCGAUGGCGAUCCAACCAGAGUCACGAUCUGGGGGGAAUCGGCUGGCGCUGGGUCCUUCAUUCAACACAUCGUAGCCCACGGAGGGAACACCCAACCACCACUUUUCAAGGCUGCCAUGAUGAGCUCUACAUUCGUUCCUUUUCAGUACGCCUACAACGACACCAUCUCAGAGGCAUUAUAUCAUGAGAUUCUCGUCCAGACCUUCUGCGACUCCGCCGACGAUCGUCUCUCAUGUCUACGAGGUCAAGAGGCCUACGUGCUCAGUGCGGCAAACGUGGCUGUCAGUGAGGCCAACUUCUACGGGACAUUUACAUUUGUACCUGUCGUAGACUUCGAGCUCAUCGUGGAAAGACCGUCCGUCACGUUGAACAAGAGUCAAGUCAACGGGGAAGCGCUUCUCGCUGUCACCAACUCCUUCGAGGGUCUCUUUUUCCUCAAUACGACCGCAGUGGAACAAAUGACUCUGGAGCAAUAUCUUACCCUUUUGUUCUCACGACUCGACGACACGCAGAUCCGGCAUACCGUGGACCUAUACUUGAACAUCUCCAAUGCGGCGGACGUGGUAUCGCAGGCUGGGGCUGCGAUGGGGGAAAAUGUGUUUAUAUGCCCGACAUACUGGGCUUUACAGGCCUUUGGCACGAAAGCUUGGAAGGGCGAGUUCGCAGUCCCUCCAGCGCUUCACGCCAGCGACUUGCCCUACUACUUUGGGACUGACCCGACGCGACCCAGUUUCAACAACACGGACUUCUUCAACGCCUUCUCCGGCUCCUUCUUCAACUUUGCUCUGUUUCACAACGAGUCGCACAAGAUCAACUCGUCGACGAUCACGCCGCGGUGGUCCCAGUGGAGUGACGGGCACACGGAGAUGCUGUUCAAUCGGUCGAUCACCGAUGAACCGGUGGUAGAGACGUUCCAUACUGACGAUGAGCUAAUGGAACGAUGCGAAUGGUGGAGAAGCUUGGGUGCAGUCAACGGACAAUAGUCAGCUUUUGCGGUUGAUGCUUCUAGAAUUUAGUUCUUUAUGACCGACAGGGUACUCAUAAU